CCUUUGGCUUUGUGGAGGCGGGCUCGUAGGACGGAGAAAGCGGCCAUACUUGUACUUCCUGCUCCGGGGGAAAAGAGAGAAGCAAUCAAGACAGGCUUUCAAAAAUAUACACACAUAGCAAAAAGCUACAGACACACCAUUGCAACAGGGAGAGGUCCCGACAGAGCCAUGGCGGAUGGGAGGAUCUAUGUGGGGAACCUUCCGACGGACGUGCAGGAGAGGGACAUAGAGGACCUCUUCUUCAAAUACGGGAAGAUCCGAGACAUCGAGCUGAAGAACAACCGGGGCACGAUCCCCUUCGCCUUCGUCCGUUUUGAGGAUCCGCGGGAUGCCGAAGAUGCAGUCUACGGGCGGAACGGCUACGGAUUUGGGGACUGCAAGCUGCGCGUGGAGUACCCCCGGUCCUCGGCCUCAAAAUUUAGUGGCCCCAUGGGAGGAGGCCCCAGAGGAAGAUUUGGGCCCCCGACGCGGAGGUCUGAGUUUCGGGUCAUAGUGACUGGCCUACCCCCCACCGGAAGCUGGCAGGACCUGAAGGAUCACAUGAGGGAGGCGGGGGACGUGUGCUUCGCGGACGUCCAGCAGGACGGGGAGGGUGUGGUGGAGUUCCUGCGGAGAGAGGAUAUGGAGUACGCUCUCCGUCGCCUCGACAGGACCGAGUUCCGGUCGCACCAGGGCGAGACGGCGUACAUACGCGUCCACGAGGAGCGGGGCUCCAGCUGGGGCCGUUCGCGGUCCCGGUCCAGGUCCCGCGGGCGAUACUCGCCGCCCUACCAAAGCCGCGGAUCCCCGCCCCCUCGCUACCAGUCGGCCCCCCGCCACUCGUUGUCCCGCCAUAGCCCCCCCUUGUCCCGCCAUAGCCCCCCCCCUCGUCGGCUCCCGCCACAGCACAGCCCGCCCCCCCGCCACUAUCGGUAAACUCCAGGAAGAGGAACCCAGAACCGGAGGUUGCUUUUUUUUUUUCCCCUCCCGCCCUCCCCCCCCCCGUGUGUGUGUGUGCGUGCGUGUUACGAUUUUUAAAUUUCUUUUUUAGAUUUUUUUUUUUCCCCCCCGUUUGUUUUGUUUAAAUUUUAUUUCGGUCUGUAAUAUACAUUCCAUUAUCAGGACUGUCCUCAAAGGUUUUUUGUUUUUUAUUUUUAUUUUUUAAAAAAUGUAUAAGGACCGUUCCAGAAAGACACCAGUGAUGGAGGAUAGAAGGUUAACAGGGUCUUCCGUUUGGUCAGAGUUUUUCUUUUUGGGAGUCUUUGGCUGGUACAACUUGAAGUGGAUGCGGAGGUGACUCUGGAGUGCAUGUCGACUGUCGCGUUGUCACAUGUCAUGCGGAAUCGGAAUGCGGAAAAGUCUCUCUGCAGAACUUAGUACAGCCGUGCGUACUACGGCGUGAGCACCAAACCUCCAGGACCCCGCUUUGCAGUCCUGGCUGCUGUUGGGGCUCGGGCGUCUCACGGACGGGAAGCCGGUUGAACAUCCUCCUUUCAGGACAGCCCUGCCUUCUGGAUGGUCACCGUGCAAACUUCUGUUUCUAGGCGAUGGAGUUCGGUUUUUUUUUUUUUUUUCUUUCCCCCCUUCUCCUCCCCCGCAUUUGUUUUAAAUUGAGGCAAAACAUUUUAACUAGUUUACCCCCAUUCUACAAACAUCCUUUGUAUCUUGUAAUGCCUGUGUAUAAAAGCAGAUUUUGAUUUUUUUUCAAUUAAAAGAUGGAAUCAUAA